CUGACAGUUACUUAGCCCAAGGAUGCACGCUGUACCUUGUAUUCAAUAAUUGCCAGUGCGAACAUAUAGCAGAGUACUUUCUCACGUAACAGGGACUUAUCUUCGUGAUUUAUACCGCGUGCUAUUAUCCAGAUCAUGCCUAGCUUUUGACAGGAACCGGAAGUGUAAUCAACAGCAGCAACAAUGCUUCGCUUUACAGCACUAAAUGAAGAUUCUGAUGAUGAGAGUGAAGAUGAAGAAAUUCAAGAAAGUACCAAAGAAGCACAGGAAGCGGAGUUGUUUGAUCUGUAUAACAAAGCACUAGUGCAACAAAGAGCUGGAAAACAUGAUGAGGCACAGCAAAUUUAUGAAGAGUUACUCAAAACUACAUUGCUAGCAAAAUCAUCUUCUAGAACAUCAGAAACGAAAGAAGGACUGGUCCAUCCCGGCGUGGUAUUGCAAUAUUCAGCUCUGAAGAAUCUGGCUGGUCUGGCAGCAGAGAAGAAAGAUUAUAACACUGCGAUGGAGUAUUAUAUAAAAGCUGUAGACAUAGACUGUAGUGAUGUCUCUAUUUGGUAUAAAAUGGGAAAGCUAGCACUGCAAGUUACACCAACUACCAUUAGCCAGACUUUCAUAUGAGCAAGCUCUGUCAUGUAACAGUAAUCACUGGCCAUCGUUGGAUCAGCUGUGUACAUUGCUAUAUGCAAUGAAUGAUUAUUACAGCUGCAUGCAUUAUAUAUCUAAAGCACUUGAACGUGACAGUCAUUACACCAAAGGAUUGGUGUUAAGAGAUAAAAUGUACCAAGAACAACCGUGUAUGAAACGAGAAUGUG